AUGACUUCCAUGCCCCACAGUGACACAUCGUCACGGCCUCGGAGCCGAGAGACCGGCUUUCCUGAGCCUUUCUGCGGCAGCCGCAACACGACUCUGCCGCACCCCGAUGCAGACACGUCCCCGAAUGCCUGCAUUUCGCAAGAUGACAUCUCCAUCAGCCGCGUCGAAUCCCGACAACGGCGCUCUUUCCGCGCCAAGAACAAGCGCACCAUCAGCCACGGUCUUAUCACGCCCGAGAUGGAGCAGAUGUACAGCGACAUGGUUGCUGUGACUAGCGAUUCGGAAUCCUCACCCACGAGGGAGGACCUCGACAGACUGCCGACCAUCCCCGGGACGCCAGCUGUGGGACACAUGGCCAGACCACCAUCGAAGGAUGGCGGCGUUAGUCUCGCUUCUACCUCGACGGGUGACAACCGGAAGUCGAUGGAGCACGAUCAGAACAACUUCCGGUCGCGGUUAUCGAGCGACAACUCCUCUGCCAAGUCAAGGAAGAAGGGUUUCAUGCAGAGGCUGGGCAUCUCACACCACAGAUCCUAG